CUCACUUCUGCGCGGAAAGCAGAAAGACAGAGUCUUAAAACUGCAUAAAAAGAGUGAGUGAAAGAUAGAGCGGGUGUGGUCAUUAUCAAAAUCCUCGUCAUCUCAACUCUAAUCUCUAAUCUUAAUCACCUUCUCUUUUUAUUAUUAUUUUUUAAAAUUUGAUGCGCUGUUGAUUGAUCGGAAAAUGGCGAAUUACCACCGUGCAUUAAGAAGCGGCGUCGGUGGCGGAGGAGGAGGAGGGCCAAUGUUGGGAGGUUUUGGAUUUAUAGUUAGAUUAUUGGCUUCAGCAAUUACGAUUGCAAUCUGUUUCUUCUUUGCUCUUUCUUUCUUCUUCACUUCCCACUCUCACUCCCCUCAUCUCCAAGCCAACUUUGGUUUCUCCACGGGUUCCUAUGGAAUUGGAUCCACGAGGAGGUCUGUUUUGGCACUCAAAUCGGAUCCGCUCAAGCCCCGAUUGGAUCAGAUCCGGAAACAAGCGGACGACCACCGCUCCCUCGUUCUCGCCUACGCCUCUUACGCUCGAAAGUUAAAGCUCGAAAACUCGAAGCUCGUUAGGGUUUUCGCAGAUCUAUCUCGAAACUACUCGGAUCUCAUUAACAAACCAUCUUAUCGGGCUCUCUUCGAAGCCGAUUCACUUUCCAUCGACGAGUCGGUGCUCCGACAAUUUGAGAAAGAAGUUAAAGAGCGAAUCAAAGCCACACGCCAAAUGAUCUCCGAAGCCAAGGAGUCUUUCGAUAACCAACUCAAGAUCCAGAAAUUGAAAGACACGAUAUUUGCGGUCAACGAGCAACUGACCAAAGCGAAAAAGCAAGGCGCGUUUUCCAGCCUUAUCGCCGCGAAAUCGAUCCCUAAAAGCUUACAUUGUUUGGCAAUGAGGUUGAUGGAGGAACGAAUCGCGCAUCCGGAGAAAUAUAUUGAUGAAGGGAAGCCAAUUCCUCCCGAAUUCGAGGAUCCCAAGCUUUAUCACUACGCAAUUUUUUCGGAUAAUGUACUUGCAGCGUCCGUGGUGGUGAAUUCAGCCACAAAGAACGCAAAAGAGCCAUGGAAACACGUUUUCCAUGUGGUGACUGAUAAGAUGAAUCUCGGAGCAAUGCAGGUUAUGUUUAAAUUGAAGGAUUAUAAUGGGGCACAUAUUGAAGUUAAGGCGGUAGAGGAUUAUAAGUUUUUGAAUUCAUCUUAUGUUCCAGUGUUAAGACAGUUGGAAUCUGCAAACUUGCAGAAGUUUUACUUUGAGAACACACUUGAGAAUGCCACUAAAGAUACUACUAACAUGAAGUUUAGGAACCCAAAGUAUUUGUCAAUUUUAAAUCAUUUGAGGUUUUAUUUACCAGAGAUGUAUCCCAAGUUGCAUAGGAUAUUGUUUUUGGAUGAUGAUAUUGUGGUGCAGAAGGAUUUGACUGGGUUGUGGAAGAUCGAUAUGGAUGGGAAAGUGAAUGGGGCGGUGGAGACUUGUUUUGGGUCUUUCCAUAGGUACGCGCAGUAUAUGAAUUUCUCACAUCCUUUGAUUAAGCAGAAGUUUAAUCCCAAGGCCUGUGCUUGGGCUUAUGGGAUGAAUUUCUUUGAUUUGGAUGCUUGGAGGAGGGAAAAGUGUACGGAGGAGUAUCAUUACUGGCAGAAUCUGAAUGAGAACAGGACCUUGUGGAAAUUGGGAACAUUGCCCCCUGGUUUGAUCACAUUUUACUCCACAACAAAACCGCUGGACAAGUCUUGGCAUGUUCUUGGACUUGGUUAUAAUCCAAGCAUUAGCAUGGAUGAGAUCCGCAAUGCUGCAGUGGUGCACUUCAAUGGAAAUAUGAAGCCAUGGCUCGACAUUGCCAUGAAUCAGUUCAAGCCUCUAUGGAGUAAGUAUGUUGACUUUGAUUUGGAGUUCGUCCAGGCGUGCAAUUUUGGUGUCUAAAUAAGAUCGUGAUUGAAGCUUCUGGACUGGGAAUAUCUGCUACAAAGCUAGUUAGACAGCAAGAUUUUCAACUCACCAUCAUAAGCAUUUUCUUACAGUUUAAUCAAGUGUUCUUAUUCUACGUGCAAGAAAAUUAGUAUCUAUGCUAAGCAUAGCAUACUUCUCAUUAAUUUUAGAGUUCUUCCUUUAAUUUGUUCAUACGAGUGUCGCAAUUAAAAUUAUUAGUAAGCAUAUGUACAACUGUUAAAUUAUUAUGUAAUCAUAAUGAUCUUCUUGUCAUUUUCUCGUCACAUUAUUCCAUUUCGAACUGUUAGUGAAACCAUCUUUCAACUUAACUCUACGUAAGGAAAACAGAAUUAAGAGAUUUGAUGUUUCACCAUUGCGACCUGAUAAUAACUUUUAUCAUUAUAGAGAACUAAAUUGUAGGAAGCCUAACUAUAUAA